AAAUGUCCACCUGUUAAAGGGUAUAUUAGAGGUGUUGUAUAUUUGACAGCAUAUUAUAUACGCCAUAUGGGUCAAAAUGGUUGUGAGGUUACCUAUAUCAAUCAUUCCGAUCCAAAAGGUAAAAUACCACCAUGGCUAACCAAUCAUUUAACUAAAGUUAUUGGACCAAAAUUUAUCAAAAAGAUACAUAAAGCCUGUUUGAAAUAUGAACAUUGGAAGCAAGAUAAUUGUCCUAAUUGGAAGCCAUGGAUUUAUCCGGAACAACAG